GGCGAGUGGAAGAUGGCGGACGUGUUGAGUGUGUUGCGACAGUACAACAUCCAGAAGAAGGAGAUCAUCGCUAAAGGCGAUGAAGUUAUCUUUGGGGAAUUUUCUUGGCCGAAAAAUGUCAAAACGAACUAUGUCAUCUGGGGGACAGGGAAAGAAGGUCAGCCGAAGGAGUACUACACUCUGGACUCCAUCCUUUUCCUCCUCAACAACGUGCACCUUCCUCAUCCGUCCUACGUGCGACGAGCCGCUACAGAGAACAUUCCUGUAGUCAGGAGGCCGGACAGGAAAGAUCUGCUCUCGUAUCUAAAUGGAGAAAGCUCUUCAUCAACGAGUAUCGACAGAAGCGCACCCAUCGAGAUCGGCCUCCAGCGGGCCACGCAGGUGAAAAGAGCUGCAGACGAAGUGUCUUCUGAAGCGAAAAAGCCCCGAGUUGAGGAUGAAGAAAGGGUGCGUCUGGAUAAGGAGCGUCUGGCUGCUCGUCUGGAAGGCCAUAAGGAAGGCAUCGUGCAGACGGAUCAGAUCCGCUCGCUCUCGGAGGCCAUGUCUGUGGAGAAGAUCGCCGCCAUCAAAGCCAAAAUCAUGGCCAAAAAGCGCUCGACCAUUAAGACCGACCUGGACGACGACAUCACGCUGAAGCAGAGGAGCUUUGUUGAUGCCGAGGUGGACGUAACGAGGGACAUUGUGAGCAGAGAGAGAGUGUGGAGGACCCGGACCACCAUCUUACAGAGCAGCGGCAAGAACUUUUCCAAAAGCAUCUUCGCCAUCCUGCAGUCAGUGAAGGCGAGAGAGGAAGGCCGUGCUCCGGAGCAGAGACCAGCGCAGAACCCUACACAGACGGAUCCGACGAUUCGGAACAAACAGCCGGUGCCUGCGGCAUACAACAGAUACGAUCAGGAGAGGUUCAAGGGGAAAGAGGAAACGGAGGGAUUCAAGAUCGACACCAUGGGAACCUACCACGGCAUGACGCUGAAAUCUGUGACGGAAGGAGCAUCAGCACGGAAGGCCCAGACUCCUGCUAUGCAGCCUGUUCCGAGACCAGUCUCACAAGCAAGACCUCCUCCAAACCAAAAGAAAGGCUCAAGAACUCCGAUCAUCAUCAUCCCAGCUGCUACGACUUCCUUAAUCACCAUGCUCAAUGCCAAGGACCUCUUGCAGGACCUGAAGUUUACGACGUCCGACGAGAAGAAGAAGCAGGGCAUCCAGCGGGACAACGAGGUGCUGCUGCAGAGGCGUAAAGAGCAGAUUCAGCCUGGAGGAUCCAGCAUCAGCGUCACCGUUCCCUACCGUGUGAUUGACCAACCGCUCAAAUUGGUACCUCAGGACUGGGACCGUGUGGUGGCGGUGUUCGUCCAGGGUCCUGCCUGGCAGUUUAAGGGCUGGCCAUGGCUCCUUCCAGACGGAUCUCCUGUAGAUAUUUUCGCCAAAAUCCGAGCUUUUCACCUGAAGUACGACGAAGCGCGCAUGGACCCCAACGUGCAGAAGUGGGACGUGACCGUGCUGGAGCUGAGUCACCACAAGCGCCACCUGGACCGACCUGUCUUCCUGCGCUUCUGGGAGACACUGGACAGGUACAUGGUGAAACACAAGUCACAUCUGCGCUUCUGAAUCGGCUUCAUUAUCAUCUAUUAAGUCAGCGUGUGUGGUUUUGCCUUGAUACAGCCAGCAGCACUUUUAGUCAGGCAUUCAACAGCGUAUAGGGGUGUGUGUGUGAGUGUGUGAGAGAGAGAGAGAGAGAGAGAUAGUGAGUUUAUCUGGUUUGUUUUCCAUGCAGCUGUGUGUGGGGGGGCUAAGAAAAAAAAGAACAAUCUCAGAGAAGACAUGAGAUCAUUUAGAAGUAUCUUCUUAUUCCAUUAUUUUUCAUUUCUUCCUUACUUGUUGUGUUUUGUUUUUUUUUGUUUUUUUUUUUAGUAUUCUGUUGUAAAAUGGAUAAAAGUGGAGACUGUCUCUUACUGAGGUUAAUAAAACAACUGCCAUUUGUAAAAUC